AUGCCUUCGCGUAAAGUAAUCAGCGGAACACCCUGUCCAGGUCAACAGGCAGAGCAUGCCCGAGCCGCCGGUCAAAGUUUCACCUCGGAACCACCUCACGGACUGAGCCCUUGGCAAGAACUCGAUGACACUCCGUCUCAGCUACAACCGAGUAAGGCAGUUCCAGACUGUUCACAGCAUCAAUCUAACGAUAUCACAGAAACAACCUCCCAGAAGCGCGUUGCCGACUCCCAAGAAGACGAGCUUCCGCAUAAAACACGCCAGCUGCAGGCCAAAGCUAGGAUGUCGGAACUCACGGCAGAGGCUGCGGUCAAGCUCGCCAAGGCGUCAGAGAAGGAGAUGAAGGUCGCAAGUACCAGAGCGGAAGCAGCUGAGAAGAUAGCAGAUGUCAUGCAGAUGCGUGCAGAGUAUGACCGCCGAGCCUUGGGGGAGUGGAUGGGAAACCAGUCUUCGUGA